CGAGGUUAUCAGAUUAUCAACAGAUUCCCCAGGAGCAGGCAAUAAGCAGAUCGAUAAUGUACAUGGAUGUCUGCAUAUGAACGAGCUGGCUAGAUCUGCAAUUAACCAUCAGAAUGCUCAACAAAUCUCACAUCACAGAAAGCACAGGAAUCGGCCUCAGAAGAACAAGACCACAAACACUACAACCGGGGUUGGCAUCUCAAAAUGCCCGACUAUACACAACACCAACCACACCCCCCAAACCCCCCAACGGCCUCAAACACAACCGCCUAAUAAUAGGCAUGACUGGCGCAACCGGUGCCAUCUACGGCAUCCGCGCCCUCCAAUUCCUCCGCACCCUAGGCGUAGAAACCCACCUCAUAAUGUCCAAAUGGGCGCACGCAACCAUCAAAUACGAAACCCCCUGGACCCCCGAAUCCAUCGCCAACCUCGCCACAGCCCGCAACUACUCCAUCCGCGACCUCUCAGCCCCCAUGAGCAGCGGCUCCUGGAAAUCCGACGGGAUGUUAAUUGCGCCGUGCAGUGUGAAGACGCUCGCUGCGAUCCGCGCGGGGUAUGCGGAUGUUUGUAUUAAGGAGAGACGGCCGUUGGUGUUGGGGGUUAGGGAGACGCCAUUGAGUACGAUUCAUUUGGAGAAUAUUUUGGCGUUGGCGAGGUUGGGGGUUGUGAUUUUUCCGGCUGUGCCGGCGUUUUAUAUGAAGCCGAGGGGGUUGGAUGAUGUUGUUUAUCAGAGUGUGGGGAGGAUGAUGGAUUAUUUUGGGAUUGAGUCGGAUGGGUUUAUGCCUGGGGAGGGGAGGUGGGAGGGGUUUCAGAAGUAG